GUUGCUGCCUAGUUGCAAAAGAUGGGAUGGUCGGAAGUCAUAGGCAACGACGUCGCCACCGCCACACCGGCAGUGCGCAACCGUGUUGAUAGACGGGAUGAAUGGGGCCAAAGAGCCACGGCCACCGGUGGCGACUCCUCAAAGUCUGCAAUAGGGAGCCGCUUCGAGCGACUCGGCAAGGUCGGUGAAGGGGGCUUCGGUGUCGUUUACCGGGCGAGGGACCGCCGCACCGGCGAGAUCGUCGCUGUCAAGUGCCUCCGCACAAACAAGUACGCCCACGACGACAGCGGCGACCGCUACCUCUCCGCCUUCGCGGGCGAGGUCAGCGCCUUGGAGAAGUGCAGCGGCCACCCGUCCAUCGUGCAGCUGCGCGCCUCGGGCCAGCACGACGGCGAGGCCUUUAUCGCCAUGGAGUUCGUCGGGCAGACCCUCAGGCACGUCAUGAAGCGCGUCUGUUUCGGGAGGAGACACACCGAGAUGGAGGUCUGCCUGAUGAUGAGGCAGCUCCUCGCCGGCGUAAUGAGGAUGAACCGUCUAGGUCUCAUGCAUCGUGACCUUAAGCCGGGGAACGUGCUCGUCGACGACCGCAGGAACCUCAAGAUCUGUGACCUUGGGCUAUCAUGCAGCAUGGCCGAUGGGCCGCCCUGCUCAAACCACAUUGGAACACGGGGUUACCGCGCACCAGAGCUCCUCCUAGGGUCCACGAAUUACGACGAGCGCAUCGACUCUUGGGCUCUUGGCGUCAUGAUGGCUGAGCUACUUGCUGGUCACCACCCUUUCUAUGGGAAGACCGACAUGGACCACCUCAGUGAGAUUUUGGACCUUCUUGGUACAGCAGACAUCAAAGAGUGGCCGGGCUAUGAUGGGCGGCAGCUGCCCGGCGGAUGGGCAUUGCAUAGCAGUUUGCGCUCCAUGUUCCGAUCUCCUGCCGAUGCUAGGAGAAGAUGCCGCCCCCAACUUUCAGAAGCUGGUUUUGAGGUCUUGAGCGGCCUUCUGCGAUGCAAUCCUGAAAAGAGACUCACGGCGAGGGGCGCGCUGCGGCAUAGGUGGUUUAAAGAGACCAACUUCAGGGCUGCAAAGAGCUGAUUGGUUAACUUGCACAAUCCAUAAUGUAGCUGCCUGUGUGGAAUUAAUGUAUGCGGAGCCAGAUAGUCGUAAUUCACCUCAUAUGUAAGUUUGAAAUGUAUGGGCCUGCCCACAUAUCAGUUUCUUGGAAAAAUAAUUAGCAUGAGUGGAUUUCCACCAAUGUCUUCCUUCGCCUGCUCGACCCUCCCUUCGGCAUCAUCCUAACCAUCAGCCGUGUCACUCAUGGUCGAUGACAUUGUCAUGUAGCCUCGUCACAUAAUGCUUGCCUGAUGCGCCUCCUAUGCCGAGCCACUGGCGCCCUGUUAAUCCCUCUAACCUUCUUCCACUUAUUUGCCGCCGGCACCACUGGAACCCAUCAACCUCCAUCUCAUUCCCGUAGUAUUCACCUCGGAGCUGUACACCCGGCCUUCUUCUUGGACGAAGUCAAAUGCCAUGAAUCACGUUUCUAGGCGACUUACCAUCAACAACUGGGAAAUGUACGCAUCAUAUCUGAAUAAACUUAGCAAAUGAGUAUGGCGUCUCCCACAUGAUAGUACUAGAAUUUUGGUUUGCACCGAGUAUAACUGAGAAUAUGUUCAAACUACGCCCAUGCACACAUGUAUAUUUCUUGAGAAUAAGAAAUGACAACCAUGUUUCUAGUAGAUGUUACUGCGCUGCACAAUCCUCCUAACAUAUUAUACCACUUAAAGUAUAUAUGUACCUACUACAUACAUA